UCUCAGUUCUUUUCUCGCCUCCUUGACUGCAAGAUGAAACUCCUUGUGCUAGCUGUGCUGCUCACAGUGGCCGCCGCCGACAGCGGCAUCAGCCCUCGGGCCGUGUGGCAGUUCCGCAAAAUGAUCAAGUGCGUGAUCCCGGGGAGUGACCCCUUCUUGCAAUACAACAACUACGGCUGCUACUGUGGCUUGGGGGGCUCAGGCACCCCCGUGGAUGAAUUGGACAAGUGCUGCCAGACACAUGACAACUGCUACGACCAGGCCAAGAAGGUAGACGGCUGUAAAUUUCUGCUGGACAACCCAUACACCAACACCUACUCAUACUCGUGCUCUGGCUCGGAGAUCACCUGUAGCAGCAAAAACAAAGAGUGUGAGGCCUUCCUUUGCAACUGCGACCGCAAUGCUGCCAUCUGCUUUUCAAAAGCUCCAUAUAACAAGGAACACAAGGACCUGGACACCAAGAAGUACUGUCAGAGUUGAAUAUCACCUCUCAAAAGCAUCACCUCUAUCUGCCUCAUCUCACACUGUGCCCUCCAAUAAAGCACCUUGUU